AGGUUGUUGAUUAUGGUUUGGACUACACGUGCUGACAUUAUUCUUUAGUUUCCGCGAUAUUUUAAGCAGUAAAUACAACACGUUCUUUACUCUUUAGAUUCAUUCUCCAGUCUAUCAGGCAACGCGACUGUAACAUUUACCUACAGAGACAAAUCAGUUGGCUUGCAAUCAAGCUAACUCCACCUGUAAUUAAUUGUAAGAUUAAAAGUGCAACGACUAGAAUUGAUUUCAAUGAAUUAAAGGUCGUAGACAUUUUAACUGAUAAGCUAUCUGAUAACUUUUUUCUAUCGGUAAAUUCUGGCAGCAUCCCGUGUUUCCAAGGAUCCCUGGUUAGCAGCAUUUUUCCAUCAUGGGGGCUUACUUGUCGCAGCCCAACACCGUUAAAUCUGUAGAGGACGGAGGCAGCAAAAAUAUGAGCUACGGGUAUGCAGCCAUGCAAGGCUGGCGCGUUUCCAUGGAGGAUGCUCACAACUGCAUUCCAGAACUGGAUGAUGAAACAGCCAUGUUUGCUGUUUACGAUGGACACGGAGGUGAGGAAGUUGCAUUAUACUGUUCCAAAUACCUGCCUGGAAUCAUAAAAGAACAGAUGGCAUACAAAGAUGGCAAACUGCAAAAGGCUUUGGAAGAUGCAUUCUUGGCAAUUGACAGCCGUAUGACAGUAGAGGAAGUUAUCAAAGAGCUGUCCCAAAUUGCAGGACGACCACAGGAGGAAGAGGUAAAGGACAAAGUGGCUGAUGAAGAUGAUGUGGACAAUGAGGAAGCUGCACUCUUGCACGAAGAGGCUACCAUGACAAUUGAAGACCUGUUGAUCCGCUAUGGACAGAACUUGAACUCUGUCAAAAAUGGCAAAAAGCCCUGUCCUGCAGCCAAGAAGCAGUCAGGAGAGUCUGAGGAAAAGGAGAAACCCCACUCUGACAAAGACAUUAAUGGAGAGACUCGGUGUGGGAGCUCGAGUCUGGACGACGACGGGAAGUCGAAACCUGACAGUGCCAGUGCAGGUGGCUUGAAGGCCCGGGCGUGCAGGAGCUCGGGGGACAGUGGGUCAGGAUCCAGCACUGCGGAGAAGCCCAAGGGCGAGUUGGAGGCAGGGGGAACGGGCGAUGCUGGCCCUUCCUGCUCCUCCUCUGCUGCUCAGCCCCAGUGGGGCAGCAAGUCCAAAUUCUUUGAGGACAGUGACGAAUCAGAAGAAGGGGAGGAGGAGGAGGAAGAGGAAGACAGUGAGGAGGAGGACUGCAGUGAAGAAGAAGAGGGUGAUUACAGCAGUGGAGAAGAGGAAGAUGAGGAUGAAGAUGAGGAAGAAGACAGUGAUGCAGAGGAUGAGAUGUGCCUUCCUGGAAUGGAUGGAAAAGAGGAGCCUGGGUCUGACAGUGGGACCACGGCAGUAGUGGCAUUGAUUCGAGCCAAGCAGCUGAUUGUGGCCAAUUCAGGGGACUCACGCUGUGUGGUCUCUGAGCGAGGCAAAGCCGUGGACAUGUCCUAUGACCACAAGCCAGAGGAUGAGCUGGAGUUGGCCCGGAUAAAGAACGCCGGUGGGAAGGUUACAAUGGAUGGCCGUGUUAAUGGAGGACUCAACCUCUCCAGAGCUAUCGGUGACCACUUUUACAAACGGAACAAGGCCCUCCCGCCAGAAGAGCAAAUGAUCUCGGCUAUGCCGGAUGUCAAAGUACUAACUCUCAAUGAAGAUCAUGACUUUAUGGUCAUUGCCUGUGAUGGAAUCUGGAAUGUCAUGAGCAGCCAGGAAGUUGUAGACUUUGUCAGCAAGAGGAUAAAGGCAGAUGAGAACGGUGAAGUCAGACCACUGUCCUCCAUCGUGGAGGAGCUUCUUGACCACUGCCUGGCGCCAGACACAUCGGGGGAUGGAACAGGCUGCGACAACAUGACCUGCAUCAUCAUCACUUUCUCCCCACACCCCUGCAGCACCCAGAUGGAAGGCUGCAAGAAGCGAAAGCCUGACCAGAGUUGUUUGGAGAAGAAUGGGAACGACAGCAAGAAGUGUAAAUCUGAAUAGAAACGGCCAGUCUAAAGGCCAUUGCUUUGUAGGAAACCAAUCAAAACUGGUCUUUCCCCCCCCCCCAACUGGGACAUUCAACCCAUGAAGACCAUGAGGACCAUGGGAUUUCUAUUAGUAUGUUUAAUUUGAGAACAUGUAAAUUGCCCGUUUUUUAAUAACUAUCCGCUGAAUGCUUCAAGUGUUUUCUUCCCAACUAGUCUGUAGUGCUGUUGAUUGGACAAAAGUAAAAUCUGAAGUAGUCUGCAUCCGAAAGGAACUGGUUUCUUAUCUAUAAUUUCUCUAUACUCUAUAACAUCCAUGAUUAUUCUGGAGUGUGGUAAGCUGUGGAUCCAAAUCUUAUGCAAAAUUGAACUAACAACAUCAUGCAGGAUGAUGUUAGUUCAACCUUUUGAUAUCCACAAGACCUGUGUUCAAAAUUAGUGGGAAUUUUUCAAUGAUUAAAUGACAUUUUGCAUGGACAAAUAUGUACAAGAGCAACAGGUCUUCACAAUGUUGAUGCUACCCAGGCAAACAUACAUCAGGUCAAAGAUGUUGUACCUGUGCAUAAGUAGGCUUAUUUUACCAUAUGUCCAGGAAUUUUGGAUGGGAUUUGGGUCUUAAGAAUACCAAGUGUCAGGACCUCCUGUCAAGCAUGGGUGAAAGUAUCUGAUGUAUAAUGCACAUCAAAUUGAUUUUUUCUUUAAUGUGCCACACAUUCGUCAUUUACCCACACAUUGUGUAUAUAUGUGUAUAUUUUACAUGCCUAUCCAUUUUAGUCUGAAGUUUCCCACCCUAAGUAAUUGUGGAGUAAUGUAAGAUUUGUCUAUUAUUUGAACACCUUGUAAGUACAUUCAUACUUUUUAAAUUUACGAAUGGAAAAAGAUGCUUUAUGUUCAAUGUGUAUGCAUUUGAAAGCAGUGUCAUGUUGGUCUUAAUACCCAUCAGGGAGUUCAAAAUAAGUCUUCCCUUGUCAGUUCUGUUUAGACUGCUGUUGACAAAUUCUAAAAAUACAUUUAGCUUUAGAUUGAGUGCAGGGCCUUCAGCAUGGUGAGAAUCCACUAUCUCUGUUCUUGAUCAGCUUACAUAUUGUAAUGUGUUGGUUACAUUUGCUCCAUCUCUUUCAUUGGAGGAGCCUUGGAGUUAGGCAGAACAUCAUAAACCCUGCUACAUUUGGCUGUGUGGAAGCAUCUCAAUUCUGUCAACUUUGAAGUAAAAUUAGUUUAGCCAAUAUAACUACAAUAAGCCAAGCAACCUAACCUGACCUAACGGAAAGUAACUCAUGUUGGUUUAUCUCUGCAGUGGAUGUCCCCUUCCUUUGCUUUGUUCAAUAAGGUUUAUAUGAGGUAUUUUUGAAUACAUAUUUUGGUACUUUUUUGAAGCAUCUUUAUAUUGUUGGUUGCCUUGAGCCCAAAACAUUACUUCAAAAUAAGAUUCCAUUUUUUCCUGAGUCAAACAUGUCAAAUUUUAAUUUUGUUUGUAGCAUUAGUGUAUUGUACAGUUUCCCACUUGCUGUGGAUUUUGCCAAUUCUGAUGUUGGACAGGACUGUACAAAACUGCAAAUAAAGAUGUAGUUUUUAAACUA